CUUUUGGAAUAGAGAGGGAGAGAGAGAUAUUAACGAAAAUGACAAGUUUAUCUUUUCUCUUUUUCUAUCUCAAAUACUUCUCUCUCUAUUCCUUCUCUUCUAUUUUUAUCUGUUGGGUGCCCAUCUGAUCCUUUGCUUUGUUCUCUCAAAUUUUAAUCGUAAAUUCUCUGCUUUUUUCUGUCCACUGUUUUCUGCUAUCAUUUCUCUUAACAAAAAAGCUUUUAUCUUUCUUGAUUUAUUUCAUUCAAUUUGACACUUACCCUUUUUCUCUUUCUGUACAAAAUUUUCUUUUUGAUCCUUUAUUUCACAGUUUCAUUGCUUUAUGUGUUCUGGGGUUUCUUUGUCGAUAAUCGGGUUUGAAGAUUUCGCCUUUUCCCACUUUUUCUCUCUCAAUAGAUAACCUUUUAUAUUUUCUGUUGGUUUGAUUUGGAGGUUAAGAUGAUGAUGAUGAUGUCAAUGGAGGGGAUGAUGGAUAAGGGAGUUUUGGAUGAUAUAAUCAGGAGGCUAUUGGACGGGAGAGGGGGCAAGCAGGUGCAGCUAUCUGAAGGAGAGAUCCGUCAAUUAUGUGUAAACGCACGCCAAAUCUUCCUCUCUCAGCCUACUCUCCUUCAGUUAAAAGCUCCCAUUCGCAUCUGUGGUGAUAUACAUGGACAAUAUCAAGACCUCCUGAGGCUAUUUGAAUAUGGUGGCUACCCUCCUUCUUUCAACUAUCUUUUUCUUGGAGAUUAUGUUGAUCGAGGGAAGCAAAGUUUGGAGACCAUUUGUCUGCUUCUGGCCUACAAAAUCAGAUAUCCUGACAAAGUUUUUCUCUUGAGAGGAAAUCAUGAGGAUGCAAAGAUCAAUCGGAUAUAUGGGUUUUAUGAUGAGUGUAAAAGGAGAUUCAACGUUAGGCUUUGGAAAAUAUUUACCGACUGCUUUAAUUGUUUGCCCGUGGCUGCGCUAAUUGAUGAGAAGAUACUGUGUAUGCACGGCGGCCUAUCUCCAGAAUUGGAGAAUGUGAACCAAAUUAGAGAAAUUCAGAGGCCUACUGAAAUUCCUGAUAGUGGUCUUCUUUGUGAUCUGCUCUGGUCUGACCCUGAUGCUAAGGUUGAGGGCUGGUCAGACAGUGAUCGAGGUGUUUCAUGUACCUUUGGACCUGAUCGGGUUGCUGAGUUUUUGGAUAAGAAUGACCUUGAUCUCAUUUGCCGAGGUCAUCAGGUGGUGGAGGAUGGAUAUGAGUUUUUUGCCAAACGAAGUCUAGUCACAAUAUUUUCAGCUCCAAACUAUGGGGGGGAGUUUGACAAUGCAGGUGCUUUAUUGAGUGUUGAUGAAUCUCUAGUUUGUUCCUUUGAGAUAUUGAAGCCAGCUGCAUCAGCAAGCAGUUCAAAGUUGCCCCUUAAGAAGCCUCCUAAAGUUGGAAAUAUCUAACAUGGGCAAAGGAACUUGGAGAUUCCUGGUUUUGAAUACGAGAUAGAGCGAGCUCACUUCAUGCUUCGGUUUGAACUCUCCGUUACGGGGCAGUCUUAGGAGAUGAGAAAACUUUUAACCCUAUUAAAGGAGCAGACGAUUCAAUUUGCAAUGCAGAUUACUAGAGGAAAAAAAAAUCUGUAGAUCAAAGGUACUUGCUAUCUUCUGGCCAGGAGCUGAAAAUUUCACAUUGAACCCCAUUUGAUAAUUUCCUGUCUCCAUCGCUUAGCAUAUGCCAUCUACCGAUUCUGCCUUGAUUUUUGUUGAGUUUGUAUGAGUACCAACUGUGGUUUUCUCAUGUAAGUCCUCUUUCUUACCUAUUAAACAUUAAAAAAAAAAAAAAAAGUUCAUUGCUGGCA